UGUUUCAAUCAGGUUGUACUAGCUGUUAUGCUAUGUAACAGGUUGCUUUGCCUGCUGCUUAGCCAACACACAGAUUAAUGUACCGCCCUUACGAUAGGGCAGCAAAUAAUACAUAGACGACAAAUGCGGAGAUGUGACUGUGUUUGAGGAACCCUGAACAUGGACAAGGAGAGCAAACUGUCACCUGCUGUCCAGUCUGUCCAAGAUAGACAUCAGAACCCACAGAGAAGGGAGUGUGCGGGGCCACACACUGCCUCAUCACCACCUGUUAUACUACCAAGCCCAUAUGUAUCUGACCAGAGUGUACAAGGGAGUCGGUCAAGCUUGAGCCUAAAGCAGAUUCCAGCCAAUACCAAUGGACUGCCAGCAGGAAAAGAUGUGCCAAGGCCUCGCGGCUAUAGCAGCAGCCGUCGUGUCAAAGAGAAUGAUGACAGGUCCAGACGGGAUCCUCAAAUCAAGACAUCCAAAGUGGGUGGUGAUGUUCUUGCACAAAGCAGAAUUGUUAGCAAAGACUUAGUGGAUUCACAAAAAAGAGGUUUUAGAGGCGCUAGAUCUGCCCCGAACUCUGCAGGGAAGUCAGUAAAAGCACAAACUGGCUCUGUUCCAUUUGAGGUGAAGAUGGAUGAUUUCCCAGAAUUAGCUGGUGUCCCGAUGGGCAAAGUAGACCCUCCUCUUGUUCAGAAUGAGUCCUGGAGGCCUCCAUCUCAGUCAGCAUGGAAGCUGGGCAAAAAAGGAUCCUCAACACAGCCUGGCCCCCCACAAUGUGCCACUGAAGUGAAGCCAGACUCUCCAGAUACCAUACUGGAUCAGCCGGCUGUGGCUCAGAGCAGUUGCUUUGCUCCUGUGCUGAGUUCUUGGGCUAAUGUUGCUUCUCAGCCUCCGAAAAAAAUUAUCCAACAGCAGCAGACAAUCAGCAGCAACUCCAUGCAGGUAGAGGAAACACCAGCACAACAGGAAGAAUCAGCUCCAGGAAAGAAAAAACGGAAAAAAAAGAAGAAGAAGGCCAAACAUGCUGGUGAAGAAACAGAGUCAGAAGAACUGUUACUUCAUCAGGAGCCUCCAAAGUUUGAGGAUGAAGAGGAGUUCCCAGGCUUGACUCCUGUCUUGACCGACAGAUUGAUCAUCCACAGCAAUACAGCAAAACUAUGCAAUGAUGAAAACCAAAGACAAAAUGUUCAGCAUCAGUCUGCUGAGAACAAAGAGAAAACAAAUACUGCAAAAUCUCUUCCCACAGAGAUAACGAAAAAAGGGCAGAAAGCUGAAAAGGUUUCUGGGAAGAAGAGCAAGGUUCCUGUUCAGCUGGACAUUGGAAACAUGUUGGCUGUCCUAGAAAAGAAGCAACAGUCUCAGAAAACCAAGCAGGACGCCAAACCGGUCAUUCUUUCAGUUGGUGGAGGCCUGCCUGUCGCUCAUAAGCAGCCGACAGCUCAGAAGAAGCCCCCAUGGCAGCAGGAAAAAAUUGCCCACAACCCUCUGGACUCCACCAGCCCUUUGGUAAAGAAGGGCAAGCAGAGAGAAGUGCCCAGAGCCAAGAAACCCACUGCUCUCAAAAAGGUGAUUUUAAAAGAAAGGGAGGAGAGGAAACAGAGGCGUUUGCUGGAGGAGAAAGGACUGCUGCCUGAGAAUGAGCCCAAAGCUGUUCUGGAUUCAGCAGAGGAAGAGCAAAGUAAAGCAAACACAGAAGAUGAAAUCUGUGUACCUGUGAUCGAAGGCGAUGAUGAGCUGGAGUUAAAUGGCACAAAGCAGAUGGUGAGAGAUGAUGACGACGAGGAGACUGACAAGGAGGAGUCUGUAGAGCAACAAACCAUCUCACCUGUCACUAUGCCCGAUCAUCGACCCAAAAUCCACAGCAGGAAGUUCAGAGACUACUGCAGUCAGAUGCUGAGCAAGGAUGUGGACGAAUGUGUGACAACUCUGCUGAAGGAGCUGGUCCGCUUCCAAGACCGCCUGUACCAGAAGGACCCCAUGAAAGCCCGGAUGAAGAGGCGCAUUGUGAUGGGCCUGCGAGAGGUCCUGAAGCACCUCAAACUCAGGAAGGUCAAGUGUGUCAUCAUCUCACCCAACUGUGAACGCAUCCAGUCCAAAGGAGGCCUGGAUGAGGCCCUACAUAACAUCAUCGACACUUGCCGUGAGCAGGGAGUGCCCUUUGUGUUCGCUCUCACCAGAAAAGCUUUGGGUCGCUGCGUCAACAAGGCUGUGCCAGUCAGCCUGGUGGGCAUUUUCAACUAUGACGGUGCACAGGACUUCUAUCAUAAGAUGAUUGAGUUGUCAUCUGAGGCCAGGAAAGCUUAUGAGGUGAUGGUGUUGAGUCUGGAGCAGACAGAACAGUUAGAGGAGGAGCAGGCGGCUAAUACGGAGGAGCUGCAGAUCAGCAGCCCGAGACCAGCCGAGGAGAUGCAGUCUGGUCCAGAGAUCACACAGCCAGAGGAACCACAGUACAUAAAAACAUGGAAGAAGAUGUUGGAGAAGGAAUCCAACCACAAAUUCUUGAACUUUGAGGAGCAGCUGAGCUCCAUGCACUUGGACAGUGAAUGUAGCGAACACAGUGGUGAAGAUGAGAAGAGCUGACAGCGGUGAAGCCUUUUGUGCCUUCAUAAACCCACUUAUGCCUACUCGGAAGGAUCCACAGCAGAUGUAAUCCCUCCUGUGUGUGACGUCAAGUGUUCAGCCCCUGUGGAGCGAUGGCAUCUAUCACAUUUGCUGUGAAUAAUGAAUUUCUUUAUCUGCCCCUAAGAUGUUAAAUGGUGUUGAAACCUAGAAGUUGUUUGUGUUUGAGAAUAAUGUGCAAAGGUGUGUAUUUUUAGGAAUGUGUGGGUUAAACGCUGACCUAUUAGGACCAAAGCAGUCACUUUUUUUUGGUACUAGUACAUCUGUGAACAUCUUUGGAGGAUGAGUAAAGAGUGAAUACACUGUUUGAACCUGUGAACCACUAACAAGAAAUAACUAGUGUUUAAUGAUUAAUGGACAGAUGAGAGAAACAUUUUCUGACCUGCAGGAAUACAGUAUGUGGUAGUAAUUUUCUUUUAUGUUGAGGAAAAUGACAAAAAUAACAUAAGGAAACAGUACAUGAUGUUAACCUCAGUAUCAUUAACAAUCAGAUUCUCAGACAGAUUAAGCCCAAUGUGAGACUUAAAGAAAAAUGUAUGUGUCUGGGAAACUGAAAUAAGAAAAAUUAUAAAAGUGGAUAAAAUGGCAUUAGAUGACAAUCACGUUAAAGAAGCAAUACAUAAUGUUGUAUAAAUUACACAUAGGAUUGCAGAGUAAAGGGAUGGAAGCUGCUAGAAAAGUAAUGUCUGAUACUAACACUAUAGGUGAGGGAGAAAUGUGUAGGAAUGUCUGAUGUAAACUAUAUGUUAGUGCUUUAAGCAUAGAGUAUAAGGUGUUUGGGGUUGGUUCUUGACCUCUUACUGAAUUAUGUUUCAUACAAUUUAGGACAAUGACAGAUUUACAAGCUUGAUCAAAAAUUUCUACAGAUCUGUUAUCUAAGAAUGUUCAUGUGUAAUGUUUGUGACAUUAUUUGCAAAUGGAUCACAAACAAAUGCAUGUUAUGUCUUAAACCUUUUUUUGAAGUUCAAGUUGUCCGUAACCUGAGAAGACAAACAUAAUCCUGAAUUUAAAAUGCACUACAUAAAGUGCCAUCGGAGAAGUGGCACAGUGCUUACAAUGUACAUCUUUGUUUCUGUGAAACAAAAUGUUAGAUAAAUCAUUACAACUUAGUUUUACAGCCACUGUCUAUGACAUGAUGUAAAACAGAUGAUUUCAUCCCCUGUUUAAUGUGACAUGAAGCAGCCAUUUGUAAUGUUUCAUUCCAAAUUAGAUUUGUAGUAGUCUUGAAUAAAACUUUAAGAUAUAAUUUAUAGUGAUCUAAAGUGUGUAAAAUGUGUUACUAAAAUAGAAAUAAUCAAACUAAUUACGUUGGUUCUCUUGAAUAAACAUACAGAUUCAUAUCAGGUGUAAUAUUUUGGAAUGAAAGUCAAUUCUGUUCAACAGUGAUUCUUUUCUAAUCAGUUGUAUAUUUAAGUACAUCUUCCAAAAUAAAGUGUUUAUUUGAAUAGACAGCUAA